UAUAAAUCGUGAGAAACUCGUCCAUCUAAAAGGAGCUUCCAGUACUUGUCACCAUGAAAGUAACAACAAGCAUUGUUUUUAUCUUCUGCGCUUCACUUGCUGCAGGAAAUAUUUUAACCUGCGAGGAAUGCUACAAUGAGUUCAGCAACAGCUGCCAAGGACAUCUUGUGUCCUGUUCCUCCUGUCUGACGGUGGUUAGAAAAGAUAACUAUACAAAUUACUCAAACUUCAUGAUUCAAAAAUCCUGCAGUAUGAAGCAAUCACUGUGUAACAUCUCAUACAGUUUGACAACAGCCAAUUUCACGCAGAACUUUAUUUCUUCUUGCUGUGACAGUGAUCAUUGUAACAGCGCUAAUCGUACUGUUCCUUCACAAAAUACUACAGAGAAUGGGGUGGAAUGUCCAGUCUGCCUUUUGCAGGAUGCAGACAACUGUGUAGCCAAUGAAACAAUUAAAUGUACCGGACUGGAAACCAAAUGCCUUUCUUUUUCAGGACGAGUGCAUAUGCAAGGUGCUGUAAACCAAUAUGCAUUUCAGGGAUGUGUCACUGAAAAUGUUUGCAAUUCUGAAGACUUCCCUACUUACCCAAUCACAUAUAUACAAGAGGGCUUCAAAAGCAAUUGCACAGACGGCAUAGUUACUAACCAUUCCCUUAAUGUAACCCAGCCACCGCAAUAAGAAGCAGAGUAUGCACACUAGUAAUUGCUGAGUGAAUCAAUGUUGCUAUUGUAAUGAAGCAGCAAAGUGUAAUC